AUGACUGCCGAGGGCCGUGCCCGCGUCCAACAGAACGACCUGCUUCUCCACGAGGCCGUGAUCAAGAAUGAGCCGGAAGCGGUGCGCGAGGCCUUAAAGCGACCUACCGAUGUCAACUGUAGAAACAAUUACGGGCGCGCUCCGAUCCAUUGGGCGGCGAGCCGGGGCAACGUGGAGAUCAUUAAGCUGCUAAUGUCCGCCCACUGCGACAUCGAGGCCGUUGACAAGUUCGGAAUGCGUCCUUUGCUGAUGGCAGCGUGGCACGGACACCUGGCAGCCGUGCAGACCCUAGUUAAGGCGGGCGCUUGUCUCGCAGCUACUAACAAGAAACAUAACGACAUCUUGCAAUGCGCGUGCGCCCGUGGGUCCAAAGACGUCGUGGCAUACGCACUAUCCCUCGGCGCUAACGUGCAAGGUUGCGACGCGGCGGGUGACGCUCCGUUGGCGUUGGCGGCACGCGCUGGUCACGCUGGCGUGGUAGAACUGUUGCUGGACAGUGGGGCCGACGUUGACGCCACUAACAAGAUUGGAAGGACAGCGCUACACGUGGCGUGUGAGGGUGGACAUUCUAGCACCGCUGCGCUCCUGGUAUCGAAAGGCGCUUCGCGAGACGCGCGAGACCACUCCGGGCGCGCCCCGCUACACCAAGCCGCCGUUCACAGACACACGGAACUAGUGAGAGUGCUCCUCGACACGGGAUGCAACGUCAACGCCACAGAUAACAAUGGCGUGACUUCAUUACAAAUGGCGUGUGCUCAAGGUUGCCGUGGGAUCGUCGAACACUUAUUGGCAUAUGGAGCUGAUGCAGACAUAAGUAACAUAGAAGUUUUCCGACAGGUCGGUUCAUCGGCCUUGCAUGCAGCUUGCGCGGCAGACGCAAACGACAUCGUGGAACUAUUGUUGGCUCACGGGGCGGAUCCGGCUCUUACGGACCAGUGGUCGCAAUCACCACUCAGUGUUGCUGGUGGUGCGGCUGAGUCCCCGCCGGAAGGCUUCAGACGCGCUGCUCGAGGCUCCUUCUCCGCCAUCUUGGACCUAUUGACUGCCACCACCAAUCUCGAUCACCACCAUGAUCACUCCGAAGGGUCGCCGUCCCCGCGCGUCGAGGAAAAAAGCGGUGGAGUGUCCCCAGCCGCUAAUGAAGGUGAAGGAGACAGCGAGCGGUGAUGGUCAGCGACCACGCUGCUAGACAGGCUCGCGCAGCGCGGUUUCGCUGCAGACACUCGCCUCGCUUUGCCUCCGACUGGCUGCGCUCGUUAUAGGGAGCUGUGCUACCGAGCCUCGCAAGCCCACCUCCCCACUCAGUGCGACAGUCCUCCACGCGCCUGCGAGUGCAGGAACUGUUGCGCCCGCCGCGCCUCGGACUCAGCCUGACAGUCUGCCGCGGGCCUGGCUUGUGCCCAGCGACCUUUACCGUCUGCUGCAGUCAUGCGUAGACACCACCCCUAGAUACAAACCCUUAGUCGUUCACGGCGACCAAUCACUAGACUUCUGCUUCUGGUGAUUGGACGUAAUAGUAAUAAUAUCCCUGCAAGUCGAUUUCGAAAAGAAGGCCUAACUAAAGCAACCAGCCAAAGUCCGCAAUGCAAACUUGUACCUAGUUGCACGCUAACUGGUGCACCUUGUCCAGACAUUAAAUGGAGGUGUCGAUACUGUCAUUCGCCCCUAGCCCAGUAGGACCAUGGGUAUAGGUAUACAGUGGUAUACCGUGGUCCAACCAGAAGGCGAAGUCGGUGGGACCAGGAAAGCUGUUUUUUGCUGGCGUUCUGUUGAAGGCCUCCACGAGUGUAUCCAGACUAUUUCAUCGAUAGGUACACUCGCCACUAUACUUGCCUAUUUUUGUAACGCAGCUCAAGUGUGUGAGCACAUUUUACCUCCACCGCUUCCGCACUUUGUACUCCGCCUUACCUACUGACAGGCCAAGGUAUACUACUAUGGGAGUAACUUGUGCUCCUACUAGGUUAGGGGGCGAAUAGUAUCGAUAAAGGAUGACAGGCUGCGGAUGCCUAUAAUAAUAGGACGAAGUCUAAAUUCCGUAUAGGAGAGCUACUGCUUUUUUUGUGUAUUUCCUCUUUCUUCUUGUAAGAAACUGUACCUGACUAAAGAAAUAGGUAAGUACUUGAUAAAAACCAAAUCAAAUAAAAAAGAAAGAAAGUUAUCAAGAAAAUUCAAAUCUCACCCUCUCACCAUGUUGAGUUAUUCGUCGUUCCCACUCUAGCGCACACGCAAUGCCUAAGACGCACUUCGUUUGUAACGAAGAUAUAAGAAUAGAUUCAUCAGCUUCUUAAUUCGAAUAUGUUUCUAAUAGAAACAUUAUUUUAUUAAAGAAUAUCCGUAGCGUAUGUAAUUAAUGCUAUUAUUGGUUGUCUUUUUCAGAACCCUUAAAAGAUAGGGCGUGCUCGUUACUGAUGACAACUGACUGACAUUUAUUUUCUUGCAUCCUUAGGGACUUCCAGGAAUCAAUACCCUUUGUUGCGUUGAGGUAGUUGCUUAAAGUUUUAAAUCUGUAUGUACAGCGAAGUAAAAACACGCUGCCUUUCAUGUUUCUUCUAAAAUUCUGAUAUCUGAUUGGUGUAUUCCUGCAUUUCUUCGCUCCGUAGAUUUAGCACCCUUAAGAUAAAAGUAAAAUUUUGAAUGGUCGCUAUGCUGCGUUGCGACCAACGUGCAUAGCGAAUUGACACUUUAUGCUCGGUGAAAACUGUAGAACUGUCCUAGUGCCUUACCUUACCUGACCCCGCGAAAACAUUUAAUUCAUUGAUGUAAUUUUAAAAUAUUUGAUUGUAAAUCAUAAGUCUUUGAGAACGCUUGAUUGAUUUAAGAAAUUAGUUGCUAGUUUAAAAUAUACAUAUUUUAUAUCGAAUUCAAUUUUAUCUGUCCGUUAUUAAAUUUUAUUCUAGAGUAAGAUAUAAAUUUAAUGAAAUAAUGUAAAAGUUGACUUUACAAAUUUAUUAGGAUACGUGUCUACAAAUGAAUUUUACGUAAACACAAUUAUUAUGUCGAAAAAUUAUAGAUAGAUAACAAUUAUCUUUAAGUUUAAGCCAAAUAUUAUCACAAGAUAAAUGUUAAAAGUAAUUGUCAGAGUAAAUAAUUAUUGCUCUAGAUUAAUGGUACAAUAAACAUAAUUAGUAAAA